CGUGACAGGCUCCGUCCAAUAGGAAGGGCCGUUACAGGCGCAAUGCGGGUGUUUGGAUGUAAGGAGGAAUGGCGACGUUCAAGGCGUUCUAGGAGGCCAGAGCGAAGCUGAAUCCGACCAAACAGAGGCGGUUAGAGAAGGCAUGAUUCAUCUAUUGUGCAGCUGAAGUCUUCUGUUAGAAGUCUCAGAAUGGACAGAGAGGUGACCUCGUCCUCUUCAGGAAAUAUCUCGUCCUCCUCCCCUCAGAUUCCUCCCGGUCAGACCACUUUAGCUGCAAAGCAGCGAGAAAGCAGGAAGUCCUCGGCCACCACCCCUGCCUUUCUCUCCAACCUGGGGAGGGCAACCCUGCGGGGCAUUCGCAAGUGUCCUCAGUGCGGCGUCUACAACGGGACCCGCGGGCUCAGCUGCAAGAACGCAGCCUGCGGCGUUAGGCUCAGAGAUGCUUCUGCAGGAUGUAAAAGCAGCAAGAGAGGCACAGUGGAGGUGGUGAGGGUGAUAACUGACAGCGAGGAGGCGAGUUGUGGGAAAGAGCAGGAAGCCGGAGGAGGUGCCCAGGUGUUUUCGGUGUGCCACAGAGGCAGAGGAAGCACUCAGUGGGGGUUUGUGGAGCUGGUCCCCACAGACACGGCCAUAGCGACCGGGGAUGGAGCCACCCUGCUCACCCGCAUCAACCUUGGCCGCUGCUUCCUGCCCUCCUGCAGACAGGGUGAGAGGUCAAACAGGCGCGAGUCCAAUUCAGCAUCAGGUGAGCAGUCCUCCAACAGCCUCUGCAUCCAUAUCAAACAGGCCAUAGACUGCCGGAGCCGUGCUACGCCCCUCACCUUUAAGAGCUCCGUGCUGGAGGCUUUGCAGGCAUCCAUCCAAGCCAGAGAGGAGCUGUGGAGGCUGGCCACAGAGUUCCCCGGACCUCUGGUGCAGCGGGUCUCCAAAGACACCCUGGUGGUGAAGUGCCACACAGACUCGCAGCAUCCUCUGGGCCUGCUGCACCUCACCGUGGCUCAGGUGGACACACUAAAGAGCAACAAGAAGGUCUUUCAUUGUACCUGCCAGUUGAGCGCAGGGAGAGUCAAACCCGGCGUGAACGGAGCCGCCCCGCUCCCUCCCCCUCCUCCUCCUCCGAGCCCAGCCACAUCCCUACCCUGCCUUCAUUUCUACGCCUGCGUGUGCGCCUUCUCAAGCAACGAGAAGCUGGCUGCAGAGUUUGCAGCGUUCAUCAACUACACCUCAAAAGGUGAGCAGCAGAACGCCGUCGGCGACAAACCUCUGCAGCAGGCAGACUCCAUCAACGCCCAGCAUAAAGCGAAGAAGCAGCGUUUGGAUGAACCUGCCUCUGGUGCAGCCCCUCCCUCUGCAGAGUGCUGGAAAGACGGAGUGCCGGCCUCCGGCGCGAGGAAAGCCGGUCAGAGGAAACCUGCAGGCGGCGCUCAGGUUGUUGAUGAGCGCACAGUGACGAUGGGCUUCCAGCGGUGGCUAGCCAGUGUGACUGAGAGGAUCCAUCAGACGAUGCACUACCAGCUAGAUGGUAAACCACAUCCACUAGUCUACCAGAUCCCCCAGGAGUUCUUCAACGCUCUACAGCAGCGGCUGUCGCUAGGAUCCAAGAAGAGAAGACUGCCCAAUUUCACGACAACAUCUGUGAGGAAAAACGAGGCUCCUCUGGGCUAUUUCACCAAGUACACCUGGCACAUCACCAACCUGCAGCAUGUCAAACAGAUUUUCGACACGCCUGAGCUUCCAUUAGAAGUCACUCAGAGCUUUGUCAAGAAUCUGGACGGCUCUUACUCCCACUUUAACCUCCCUGAGUCGCCGCCUGAGAGGGAAUUGACAGACGGAUGCAGGGCGGACCGUCCCCAGGCCAUACGACCAAUGGAGCACCGCACUUUCCUCAAAGUCGGACCAAACUCUGGGGACCAGAAGGAGUCCAGCCCCUUCGUGAUCCAGUGGAUCCCUGACGUUCUGCCGCGCUGCCAGAUGGGAGAGCUCAGGAUCAGCUUUGAGUUCGGCCACCAGCAGAGCGGCCAAUCAGAGUGUCAGGAAAAAGCGGAGAAGAAAGCUCGCAGAAAGUCUGACUGUUCUCAGAACAAAACGCUAAAGGACGUUGAGAUUCUUCAAGUUGUUCUAUAACAGCAGGACAUUCAAUAACUAGAUAAUACGACGAACCCCGCGCAGACAUCUGUGUUCCCUUCCAAUGAAUCUAUGCAGAGUGUGGAGACAGAAGCUACCAGGCAGCAUCAGUGGUCAGAGGACUGAAGCUCUGUGUUUCCAGCAUCACUGACUGUGCUUCUUUCUCAGAUGGAAAAAAAACUUCACUGAUGAACAGAAUCUAGAGAUGAUUUUCUGGCACAAACAUCUUGGGUGAAUUAUUGGAAAAAAACAAAACAAUACAAUAAAAGUAAAAUUUUUUCUAACUUUGAA